UAAUUUAAUGUUUUUAUGAUAGUAUAUAUUUCCUAUUAACUUUAUUGCAACCUUUUUUUUUAUUAUUUAUUUAUUUAUUUUUUUAGUUUUGAUAAUUACUCUGCUAAUGUCAUGGUAGAUGGUAAACCAAUUAACCUUGGCUUAUGGGAUACUGCAGGCCAAGAAGAUUAUGACCGUCUUCGUCCUUUAUCAUAUCCUCAAACGGAUGUAUUUCUUAGUUGUUUUUCUCUUGUUAGUCCUCCUUCCUUUGAAAAUGUUCGCACAAAGUGGUAUCCUGAAAUAAGCCAUCAUGCACCUAAUAUUCCUAUCAUUUUGGUAGGCACUAAAUUGGAUUUACGUGAGGACCGUGAUACAGUUGAAAGAUUGAAACAAAAACGUAUGUCUCCCAUCACUUAUCCUCAAGGUUUACAAAUGGCAAAAGAUAUUGGAGCUUAUAAAUAUCUUGAAUGCUCUGCACUUACUCAAAAAGGUCUUAAAAACGUGUUUGAUGAAGCUAUCAGAGCUGUUUUGUCGCCUCCUGUAAGACCAAGUAAGAAGAAGGGUUGUUUGAUUUUGUAAUAAUAAUUUAUUUUUAUUUUUUAUUUUUUUUUUCAUUUUAUAUGAAUAUAUCUCUUUAUAUAUGUGAUAUACACAUAUUUUUUUUUUUUUUUAAUAUUUUAUAUAUU